AGUGCCUCCUCGCCGACAUGAUGUCGAGUUUCUCUCGGCGGCCCGCCAGACAGCCUCUCUGGAACAUCUUCGAAGACAGUAGCUGGCUACUUUCGGUGAUAUUGUCGGACAUGCUCUUGUAAGCUGGUGCUUCUCGAUGAAAACUGUGGCUCCCUCGAUCACCGGCGAAAGCGCUCGGACUCCCCUUCCGAAGGGCUACUCUGCUAUCAUUUGUGGUAUUCGGAAGAAGCUCCAGAGUUCUCACAGAGGGAUCCGGACCUGAAAAUCUUCCCAACAGGAUAUCAGACAUAUUCGGGAGGAGGGAGACAAGAGCUCUAACCCCAGAAUGGUUUGUGUCAAGCUUCCGAGUACGGGCCCUGACAGCUGGCAGGGCAUCCGGGUUGCUUUGAAAUGCAUGAGCAUCAUGGCGCUGACUGCCGGCAACAUUCGGUCCUCCGGCGUUAUGUAUGUGGGAAUCAUGAAUCACUUCGGGGUCACGCGUGAGGAAGCAGCGUGGCCCGUCUCGCUCGCAGGGGCCAUGCUCAGUCUAAUCGGGACGGUUUCAGGGCCCUUGGCUCAGGCAUUCUCGCCGAAACCGGUGAUCCUCUGCGGCUCGUUGCUGAUGUCCGUUGGAUUGCUUGGGUCGGUUUUUGCGCCAAGCGUGACAUGGCUGACGUUCACCUACGGAAUCGUUUUCGGCAGCGGCAUGGGCACGGUGUACACGAUCAAUGUCAUUUUUCUUCAGCAGUACUUCGUGAAGAUGAGAGGGCUUGCUCUCGGUCUGAACUACGCAGGCUCGACGACGGCCGGUUUCAUCUUUCCGAUCUUCAUUACCUACCUGCUGGGAGAAUAUGGUUUCCAGGGCACAGUACUCAUCCUCAGUGGGGUGAUACUGCACGUUUUCGUCCUCUGCGCGACGCAUAAAGAAGCGCCCUGGCUGAAGAGGGAAUCCCAUUGCGAGAAGAAUGAUACGUCAUCCGGAAUCGAGAAAGUCCAAUCAUCGGAACCUGGCGAGCAAACGGACGGAAAUGGGAAGAUUGUCCCACAAAUGCUCGAAGAAAUUCCGGAGUCGAAGGAGCUUCCCAACAUCGUUAGAGAAAUGCCGCAAGGAGUUCCAGAAGCUCAACCCGAAGCAACGGUCGGCUCGAAUGUUUCCGCCGAGGACGCCGAACUCGAGUCGCAGCCCCCCGAGCAUCCACAAGAAACGCGGAACCGUCCGACUUACGUGGCAUCGGUCUCUGUUGCCGGCAGCGUCUGUGCAGAGAUACCAGAGGUCGGCGAGGAGAAAGCGAAGCCUCAGGGUCGGAUCGCGUCUCUAGUGUCGAGUCUGAGCGUAUUGAAAAUCCCGGGAUUCCUUGUGGUGAUAUUCACGUUCUCCCUUUUUCUCUACGCCUACGACGCGUACUUUACGACGAUAAUCGACUUUAUCGUAGAUCAGGACAUUCCAUUGAUCAAAGCGACGACGAUCAUACCUCUCUACUCAGCGACGGACAUGGUCGCCCGACUUACCAUACCGCAGCUUGGAGACCGUGGCUACAUCAACAAAAUGCUCUUGCAAUGCCUCGCGUACGCUCUGCAAAGCGUCUGCUUCUUCACGAUGCCGAUGGCUGCCGCUACGGGGGAGUUCUUCUGGAUCGCAGCUCUGGCCAUGGUUCAGAGUAUCGGAAUUGGAACUUCGAUCGUCAUGUAUGGAGUUCUCAUGGUCGAGCUGGUCGGCGUCUCGAGGUUGCCGAUGGCCUACGGUUUCGUGGGUCUUUUCGUGGGCUUGACAUAUUUCACGAAACCGUUUUUCGUUGAAAUCGCGAACCGCCCACGAGCGAGAUCCGUCGGAAAAAUGGGCUGGAUCAAUUUACCCAAAACCGGUCCCGACAGUUGGCAAGGAAUCCGGGUGGCUGUGAAGUGCAUGCUCAUCAUGGGAAUGACAGCCGGCAACAUUCGCUCGUCCGGCGUCGUGUAUGUGGGAAUCAGGAAUCUUUUCGGACUCUCACGUGAGGAAGCCGCCUGGCCGGUUUCGCUCGCUGGAAUGAUGCUCAGUAUGACGGGAACGGUGUCUGGCCCGCUCGCCCAGGCAUUCUCCCUGAAGCCGGUCAUUGUGAGCGGCUCCCUGCUGGUUUUCAUCGGUCUGUUCGCAUCGGUGUUCGCACCCAACAUUACGUGGCUCACCUUCACGUACGGCAUCGUUUUCGGUGGCGGUCUGGGCACGAUCUACACGACCAAUGUAAUUUACCUCCAGCAAUACUUCGUCAAGAUGCGGGCAUUGGCUCUCGGCAUGAAUUACGCGGGCUCAGCGACGGCGGGCUUCGUGUUUCCAAUGCUUUACGCUUACCUACUGGGAGAGUACGGCUUCCGGGGUACGGCACUCAUCCUUAGCGCGCUCCUCCUGCAUAUCUUCGUCCUGUGUCUGACCCAUCGAGAAGCACCGUGGUUGAAGAUCAGAUCAUCCGCGUCUGAGAGAGACAGGAAUGUCGAGGACCUCAGGCUCGAAUCUACCCGUGCGACACAUAGUACCUCCCAUGAGGAAGAGAAGAACGCUCCAGAGGUGCUUCGAACCGUCUCGGACGGUCAGACAUCGCUCGGGGAAACUCCAAAUGACCAACCACCGCCUGCCACGACAGAGUCUGGGAAUCGCGCAGAAAAGCCGAGUGAGACAAAGCGAGUGUCGCUAAUGGAAAGUCUGGGCAUUUUGAAAAUUCCGGAGUUUCUCGUUAUCGUUUUCAGCUUCUCUCUAUUUUUCUAUGCUUACGAUGCGUUUUUCACGACUAUCAUCGACUUUAUUGUCGAUCAAGAUGUUCCAAUCGUGAAGGCCACCACCAUCAUACCUCUCUACUCGAUCACAGACUUGGUGGCUCGGCUCACCAUACCGCAGCUCGGGGACCGUGGCUACAUCAACAAAAUGCUACUACAAAGCCUAACGUACGCCCUGCAGAGUGUUUGCUUAUUCGUGUUGCCGAAAGUGGCAACGACGGGAGAAUUCACUUUGAUCGCAGCUGUAGCCAUGCUCCACACUGUCGGGAUCGGAAGCUCGAUUGUCAUGUAUGGAGUGCUAAUGGCAGACGUAAUCGGCAUCCAAAGAUUACCGAUGGCGUACGGAAUUGUUGGUCUUUUCGUUGGCUUGACUUAUCUCACGAAGCCGUACUUCAUCGGUUACUUCCGGGACACGAUUGGAGACUAUUCGCAGAUGUACGUCGUGUGCGCCUGCUCAUGCGCCGUUGCGAGUUUGAGUUGGUUGAUCACAUGGUACUUCCAUCGAGUCACCAAACGAGGACGGAUAGCCUCCAAGGUCCCCGACGGCAGGGUCGACGACAGCGUCCGAACAGAUCAGGACUCGAACAUCAAGGACGACGCAAUGGAAGUCGGAGGACGGUUCCGAGCAGAUAGUACCACAGUCCAUCUGUAAACAAUCACAAGUCAAUUCUCACCAGAGAAUCAUCA